UCAAGAUCAUCUCCUGUACAGUAUUUUUCCCUCUCUGACCCAUGUCAACAUCUCGCCUAUCCUAUUCGUAUGCUUAUCCCAACAUCAAUACUCCGUAUCUCAGUUAUGGUGGCCUCAAAACAAACGGGAGCGACCGAUAUCACAUUUCUCCUUGGAACCCUGACCUCUACACUCUUUUCAAUACGACAACCUUCUUGACCGGGGCCAGUGUGACACUGUCAGCACCGGCCUAUCACCUUAAUCAUCCAUCCGCCCUCGAGCUGCAUCCUAUCGAUCGAAAACCAUAAGCAUCAGUUCUCAGCUUCGGACUUGGCUUGGUGACUUGAUCAGGCAUCAUUUUCAACCAAAUCGCCCGGAUUCCUAAUCAUGAGCUAAAAGCGGUUCUCGCUCUGGACUACCAUUUACAUGAUCACAGAAGUUCACGAUGGAUUCAGCCGGUGCCCCUGGGAUGGCAGACCAUCCUUUCGCUCAAGAUCAGAGUCAAGAUUGGGUAACGACGCCAGAUGAACUCGACAUGACUCCCGAUAAGGAUUCUGUGCCAGGCAAACAGCCUGUUUUGCCCAAGUUAGAAACCGAAGGUCUGUACGACGAUGAUAUGAUUGGUGUCAGCAUAAGUCGGGUCCAGACUCAUAUGAGAGCUCCCGAAACGCCAGCAUUCGAGAAGGCACGAGCUAUGAACCUCUCUCUCGACUACUUCCAAAAUAUAGUUAGCUUGAAAGAAGAGCCAAACGAAAAUGAUGAACUUGAGCAAUCACAAGACGACACUCCUGAGCAGGACUUCGAAACCAUAUCGUCAAACGAGAGAGUUGAGGAGCCGUCGCGGACGAGGCAAUCCACGAUGACCCAAGGUCCUUCUGAGAUCAUCGAAUCGGGGCAGUCCUCCAUACGGACUGCUCAGGCGGGACUAUCACAGGCUCGAGAACAAGAGAUAGAUCUUCCCAAGGUUGACCAACCUCAUCAUAAGACAGCUCCACAACCGGUCGAGAGGCGCGAAGUCCAUAUACCACAAUCAAACAGGCUAUCAUAUACACGAAACUUACUCCAAGCCGUGGGUCAGGAAGGCAGACGGCGGGCGUCAAGCGGCCCAACAGCAAUUAUGUCUAGUUUGAAGAAAUUGAUGCCUGAUCUUCCUUCACCAACGUUCAAUUUUAGCUCUAUGUCUCUUUUCCCGGCCAGCUUCAGAAGCACAGGUCACUCUGGAGCGUCGACCCCAAAUCCCGACCGAAGAACUCCACCACAGACAUCGACGGCAGCGAAGUUUGUCUUGAAUGACGGUCCUAGACCUCGCAAAAUGUCAAACCCUGAUAUUCAGGUCAUGCCUUCUCAAAGCCAUCCUAUCAUCACCAGGCCUUACAUCGGCCUUGAUGGCAAUAUCGAGUCAUUGUUAUCGCCUGUCAGUCCGGCGUCAACCAAGAGUCGAGCUCGUUCUAAUUCCGAAGGCUCCCUGUACAUAAGAAGGAGGGUUUCAGGAGUCUCUGCCUACGACGAUACAAGUGCCUUUGCUAAUGUCACUGACAUGGCCAACUCUCGUUUUAAAGCCAUCACAGACAGCUUCCAAAACUCCACUUUGCGACUCCCAAAGCUUCCAGUGAUUAGGCCAUCGCCGAAGCGUCGCAUUUCUCCUGCGAAUAGCUCGAUGAAUAUCCGGACGAAUGAUGUGAGCGACUCUAGCAGAGGCCCUAAUCAUCAAUACACAUCGAUUAAAGGCAUUCGAAAUGUCAAGAAAGGCUUAGAGCUCGGGACUCCGCAACAGCGAGCACAUCCAAUCUUAUCCCAUGCUCUGUCCAAGACGACAGGAGAUGUAGUCCUACUUGGAGGCUAUCGUGGCUCGAUUCUAAGAUCGGCUCAGCCACCUCAUCGUCAGGUUUGGGUCCCAGUCAAAGUCGGAUUAAACCUUCGUCGAGUUGAUUUGGAGGUCGGUUUGACUAGAGAAGACGAGGAACGAAUGGAAGAGACUAUCAUACCAUCAGGCGUUCUCUCACAUAUUGGACCCAUCGACAUCUGUCGAAGACUACUCAAACAUUUGCACAAGUGUCCUAAUACUCGUCAGAACAAGUUGAGAGUACAUGAUUGGGGCUAUGACUGGAGACUGAGCCCUCAUCUCCUGGCCGCGAGGCUGAUCAAGUUUCUCGAGUCUUUAGAAUGCAACCACCCAGAGACUCCACCGGAAAAGAGAGGAGCUACAGUCAUCGCUCACAGUCUGGGAGGUUUGAUCACUCGAUACGCCGUUAACCAAAGACCGGAUUUGUUCGCUGGAGUUGUCUAUGCUGGAGUUCCUCAGCACUGCGUCAACAUCCUUGGCCCACUUCGAAAUGGCGAUGAUGUGCUUCUCAGUUCCAGAGUGCUUACUGCCCAAGUCAAUUUCACCCUCAGAACCAGUUUUGCGCUUCUGCCUGAAAGUGGACGUUGUUUCAUUCAAAAGCACACCAAUAAGAGAUAUGAUUUGAACUUUUUUGAUCCAGAAGUUUGGGAUGAGUAUCGCCUUAGCCCAUGCAUCAAUCCACCUUUACAUCGGACUAACAAUAAUGGGGAUGGAAGAAAGAGCAUUAUUGGUGCCAUUUCCGGUAGUAUCUCGUCUAACAAACGAUCUUCGUGGUUCGGAGGCCAAAGUAUUCAAACCACAGAACCUGUGCAAAAAGCGGAAGGGGUCGGUCCAGCAGUAGCUGAUAAAGCCGCAGAGGUCGGCAAUGUGGCGGAUGGUGAAGGGCCAGAAGAGGUUGUCGGUCCGACAAUGAAGCAAGCACAGCAUCGACCUAGUGUGGCGACAGCAUGUACGAUCCCUAAAGACCAGGCAAAAGAGUACCUAAGCCGUACACUUGCCGAGAUUUUGGAUUUCAAGAAAGCGUUGGCAUUUAAUCCAACUCAUCAAGAAAGCAAUCGAUACCCUCCACAUGCUUACAUUUUUGGUAAGACGGUGCCAACUGUGUAUGGCGCCAGAGUACCGGAUGAGGAGGCGAUCAAGUAUACCGAGGCUUUUGACGACCUAGCUUUUGCAGCGGGCGAUGGUGUUGUGCUCGCCAGUGCUGCCCAAUUACCCGAAGGUUAUCGAUGUGUCAAAGGAGGACGUGUGGAGAGUGAUCGAGGACAUGUCGGUCUGAUGGGUGAUUUGGAAGGGGUUGGACGAUGCAUUGAGGCUGUUGUGAAUGCUCGAGCAAAGGGUGUGGGAUUAGGUGAAAAGUACUUAAAGACCAAGAAGAACGUAAGCGAGUCUUCUUCCUCUUCUUCCUCGACGAGUUAA